AUGAACACCCUCACCAUCUCGGCCUCCUUUGCUACCAGAAGCGGUGUUCGCUCUUGGACAUGCUCAACAUGCCGCAGCCAGCUACUGCAAAGUAAACCGAUCCGCCUCCCCAAUUCGAGACGGAGGUUCACGUCGGGACGUGGAUCUUCACAUGAAAAAGGCUCGGGUGGGAGGAAAUCAUCGCAACGGUUCCCACUAUAUGCCUCGACGGGUGCCACUGUGGCGGGCGUCACCGCGCUCGCAUUCACGGACGAGAUCAAGAGCGGCUAUGAAUCGGCAGAGCGUACGGGGAGAGUAGCAAUUGGCUUGGCGGUCUGCAUCAAUGAUUACCGCAGGACAUUGAAGAAGAGAGAAACAAUCGAAGACCCGGACGAGCGAGAGCGCAUUCUCAGCGCAUGCCAUCAACGGUGCGCACAUCGAACGCUCAAGGUUUUGGAAAAGAAUGGCGGUAUCUUUAUCAAGCUCGGCCAACACUUGAGUGCCAUGAACUACCUCCUUCCCACUGAAUGGACGACGACAUUUAUCCCCCUCCAAGACAAGUGCCCGGUCUCUCCUUUCCACUUGAUCCAAGACAUGUACCAGCAUGAUACCGGUGUCGACCUCUGGGACUACUUUUCCGAGUUCUCGACAGAUCCCAUAGGUGCGGCUUCGCUUGCGCAGGUGCACCUGGCGACGAUCAGAGAAACAGGUCGCAAAGUGGCUGUCAAGGUCCAGCAUCCGGAGCUGGAGGCUUUUGUACCUCUGGAUGUCGCUCUCACGAAAUACACGUUCUCAACCUUGAAACGGUUCUUCCCCGAGUAUGAUCUGGAAUGGCUCUCGUCCGAGGUAGAAGUAUCUUUGCCCAAGGAGCUUGACUUCCAAGAAGAAGCAAAGAAUGCUGCGAGAAUGCGGGCGCAUUUCGAUGCUCAUGCACCACAACUACCUCUGGUGAUCCCUGAAGUCCUCUGGGCCAAGAAACGAAUCCUCGUUAUGGCAUGUGAGUCUGGCAACCGCCCAGAUGAUCUGGAAUAUCUUGACCGCAAUGGUAUCGAUCGCGAUGAGGUUUCUGCGACCAUGGCUCGGAUUUUCAACGAGAUGAUUUUCGGAGAUGGCGCGCCACUGCACUGUGAUCCUCACGGCGGGAAUAUUGCCAUUCGCAAGAACACCUCUCGCCGGGGUCUCGGCCGUGGUCCCAACUUCGACAUUAUUCUCUAUGACCACGGCUUAUACCGUGAUAUCCCUCUGGAUCUCAGGCGUUCGUAUGCCAAGAUGUGGCUCUCUGUCAUUGACGGUGAUAUGAAAUCCAUGAGGAAAUACGCCCACGAGGUUGCGGGUAUCGAGGACAAGGACUUCCCCCUUUUUGCCUCGGCAAUCACUGGGCGAGACUACAGCGUCGUCAGCACUGAGGGCUCGAUUCUCAAAAACCGAAGUUCAAACGAGCAGAAGAGUAUGAGCUCCCAGCUCCAGGAAGGCCUCAUCGUCGACCUUGUCCAGCUCCUCGCGCGUGUCCCUCGAAUCAUCCUUCUUAUCCUAAAGACCAACGACCUCACUCGCAGUCUCGACGAAAACCUCCACACAAGCCAGGGACCUAUUCGAAGCUUCUUGAUUCUCGCCCGAUUCUGCACCCGCACCGUUUUCCUCGAGCAGGUGGAGAAGAUCCGCGAGCAGGGUUCGCUUCUCUGGCCACCACACGCUGCCCGACUGCUUGUGGCCUGGUUGGGGUACAUGAGGGUUGAGCUCAAGGUGGAGGCAUUUGAGCUAUGGCUUGGUAUUAAGAGGCUUCUUGGGCUACGUCGCGUGGAGUUUGGCGGUAGCCCUCUGGCAACUAACUAG